UCUAAAAGCGCGUUCACCAUGGUGUUCCUACGACCUGUGCCCAAGGUAUGGGCUUCAUUUCUACUACUCAUUACAUUGGCAAUCAAUGUCCAUGGAUUGACACGUAUACCCAUCAAACGUUUUGACAAUUUUGAACGAACACGCCAAGGCCAGAAGAUCGAAUUGGCAAAUUUGGCUAGGAAAUACAAUGUGAAUGCAGCAAUUACAGACAGUUACGAUGGCACAGCAGUGGAAUAUCUCAAUAAGACGGGAAACACAGAAUAUUAUGGUACGAUAAGUAUCGGUACUCCAGCUCAAACCUUUGUGGUCCUAUUCGAUACGGGGUCAUCGAAUCUGUGGGUGCCCGGCUCGGGUUGUUACAGUUGCAUAUAUGAUAACCAAGCUGUUUACGAUUCUUCCGAAUCCAGCACAUAUUAUGCAAAUGGAACAGCUUUUACGAUUCAAUAUGGCACUGGCAAUCUAACCGGGUAUCUGUCCAUAGAUACAAUUAGUGUGGCCGGACUAACCAUAACGAAUCAGACAUUUGCCGAAGCAACUACCGAAUCAUCUUUCUUAUCGGGUACAGCCUUCGAUGGCAUUUUUGGCAUGGGUUAUGCCGAUUUGGCUGUCGAUGGUGUUUUGCCACCAUUCUAUAAUAUGUACGAGCAGGGUCUAGUUGAGAAUGCUGUCUUCUCGUUCUAUUUGCUGAGAACCAACACGGCCGUCUCAUCGAUCUAUAACGAGGGCAAUGGCGGUGAGCUUAUAUUGGGCGGAUCGGAUUCUACACUCUAUUCUGGUGAUCUCACUUAUGUGCCCAUUAGCCAGGAGGGCUAUUGGCAAUUCCAAAUGGACGGUGUUAAUUUGGGUGACAAUUUGUUGUGCUCAUCGUGUCAGGCUAUUGCCGAUACGGGAACCUCAUUGCUGGUGGUGCCCACAGAUGUUGCUCAAUCGAUUUUACAGAUUUUGCAAAUAAUGAAUGAUGCGUAUGAAGUUGAUUGUAGUUUGGUACCAUUUUUGCCAUCUCUCUACUUUCAAAUUGGCGGCACAACAUUCACUCUAACGCCAUCUGAUUAUAUUAUAAUGGAGGGCGGUGUCUGCACCUUGGGCAUUGAGACCAUGGACACGGACUUUUGGAUAUUGGGUGAUAUUUUCAUUGGUUUCUAUUAUACAGAAUUCGAUUUGGCCAAUAAUCGUGUGGGUUUCGCUCCAGUGGCUGGUAGUUCGCCCAGUACAUCGGGAGCCAGUCGAUCAUGGAAAUAAAAAGACAACCAAAAAUAAAUACUUAAAACUAUAA